AAGCCCGACUACUUGGACGGCUCAAUUGACUAGAUUUUCUAGUCUAAUUUUAAACGCCGCCGCGUUGGCGGUAUAAAAGGUAGAUAAUGAAUGCCAUAUUAUUCAUUCCUCUAGAACACUCUGUGGGCGAUAGGUCUAUAAUAUGCGAGCUCUUAUUGUUCUAACCCUUGUGGCGGCCGCAAGUGCCGGAAGUUUGUCCGGAUACAAUUACGGACAGGGGGCAGCGACCAGUAUUGGAGGCGGUGGUGGUUCCAUCAGUCCUGCCCUCUCGGGACCCGUGAGCUAUAAUGCCGCUCCCCAGGCUGGGGUCACCAAGGAGUUCUAUAGCUUCUAUGCCAACGAUGCCGACUUCGAGGAUCGCGAGGGCCUGCAGAGGGCGUUGGCCACCAUCAAGAAGAACGUCCGUGUGAUCUUCAUCAAGUCGCCGGAGAACCGUGGCUACGAGAACGCCGUUCUGGCCCUGGCCAAGCAGGCUGCCCAGCAGCAGACGGCCAUCUAUGUGCUCCACAAGCAGACCGACAUCAACGAGCUGGCCCAGAAGUUCAAUGCCGUGCGCCAGAGCGCCAACAAGAAGCCCGAGGUGCACUUCGUCAAGUACAGGACUCCCGAGGAUGCGGCCAAUGCCCAGAAGGCCAUCCAGUCGCAGUACGAUCAGCUGGGCGGCUCCAGCCAGUCCAUCAAUGGCGGAGUGGCCAACGCCAUCAACUUCGCCUCCCAAGGAGCAGCUCCUGCGAAGAGCGCCCAUCUACAGGUGCCCCAGAGCAACUACCUGCCCGCCUCCAUCCUCAACCGCCUCCGUCACUAGUCAGUCCCCUUGUUAUACCUUGUUGUCGAAUAAAAUUAUUUAGUUUGGUUACGUAAAA